AUUUUUAUUUUUUUUUAAUAAUAAAGAAUUCGUCUAGCGUCUUAGAUAUUACACUUUUGUCAGUAAUGAAUACAACCCAGGAAACGGUUCUCCUAUAGAAAGACCCAUAUAUGGAAAGAAAUGCUUUCUCAUCGAACAGAAACUUACUAUUGAUCUUUUUUUCUUGAAUUUGAAAAGUAAGAAGGAUUUGAUCUAUAGUGUCUUUAUAAACACAAAGGUCGUAAAUCGAAUCAUGAUACACCAUAGUCAAAUAGCAGCUACCUUUAAAUCUUUGGAGGCCUUUUUUCUUUCUGAAAAUCAUUUUCAAGAGACCAGUGAGAAUGCAGCGAUCGUACAAGCUUGUCUAGAGAAUCUGGGUACAUGUGAGUCUUUAGAAUAUGUUCCUGUACCAUUAUUUAUGAAUAUGGCCUUCCUUGACCAUUGCUUUGCAUUAAAAGUUAGAACCCUUCCAGACAUGAAUGAAGACUUGAAUCUGACACUUUCGCAAGCUAUACUAUGGGAUACAGACCUUAUCAGUAGAUCUUUACACAUACUAGCCUGUAUUGAAGAGGAGAGACUGGAAUGUUUUCGUUCCUUGACUUCCUCUCUCAAUAAGAACGAUGAGCGUUAUGCCCGAGAAUGCAAUUUGAACGAUGAAGCUACCAAACUAUAUGUUGUGGCUAAGACUGGGAUUAUACGUUGGAUGUCAUUUCACCUUUUGGAACAGAGGCAGGUUGAUUUUUCAGCACUAUCAAAGUUUCUAGACGAAUGGUACAUGGAUAAUCCAUCCGAAAAGAAGGUAUUAGAAAAGAUUGCAUCCUUAUAUGAGGAUAAAAGGUUCCAAAAAGUCCAAAGUUUUCAAUCCCAAAUGCCGUGGGUAAAAAUUCAUAGCAUCCUUGGACGCUAUCUACUAUGUACGAAACUAGAAUUAGAGUUAUUUCAUGGUUACAAUUUGUAGCAACCAAAUUGUUUCAUUUAUGAAUGCUUGAUGGUUUUUUUACGAGUAUAAAAUGCCUUGAAUUAAAGAGACUUCAACAGACACCGACCGUUUUUCUCAUCCAUGACCAUAUCUGAAACCAUUGGACAAUAUUUCUAGAUAAAUUUUUAUGCAAUUGAUACUCGGUCAGCAAUUUCAAUUAAUGCUUGCUUAGCUUCCACGUCUGGGAAGACAGUCAAUGCAUCUUUAGCUUUUUUUUGAUAAUCAUUUAGAACUUCCAGUUUCUUCAUCUUCAAGUCCAUCUUCUCCGGUAAAUCUUCAUGCGCUACAUGCAUAGAUAGACCCAAGAACCUUCCAUAGGUAAAACAUGCUUUAUUUAUAUGUGCUGAGGCAUUAUUUAGAAUGCUAGCGGAUAAACAAGCUUUUGCCGGUAGAAAUGCCGACUGAAGUAAAAGCAUCCGUUCAUUUGCUUGCAUAUCUGCAGGUGAUGACCCUGCCUUCAUGAAGUGUCCUUCCACUAGGUUUGCAAUAGCAGAGGCCAUUAAUUCUGUUACAGCAUUACUUUCUAGGUGCGAAAGAUCAACGGAAGCUUUUCCUAAUAAAUAAUCACCAACCAAUGUUGCCAAUUUCAGCUCUUCAGUGCUUUGGUCUUCUCGGAUAUUGAUAUGGAUAAGAUUAGCGGCAUGAAUUAAUUCUGUAACACGUGACAAUUGCUUGUAUCUCUGAAACAUUUGCUGACUUGUAUCACCUUCCACUCUUGAAGCUCGUGACAUUAAUAAAACUAAAAGCGGAUGAAAAAACUGGGUGUCUGAACGUUUAUACGGUUCGGUAAUUCGAUCUAGUAGCGGGUUGUUUCCAGUCCAAGAAUUGAGUUGUUUAUUUAAAGAUUGCAUUUCCUCAGUCAGAACGCUAAGAAGAUCUGCAUGCCAUCUGGAAUCUCUUGAGAGUACUCCGACGGCCUUCAGCAGAACGGAUGCCCAAGAACCGCUCUUGCUCGCAGAGAAGUAAGAAGAUAUUAAAGAAGGGUUUCGUAAUAUAUGAAGUGGUAGCCCCAUAUCGGAAGGUUAAUGCUGUCUUAAGCAAGAGAAACGACUAUGUCUUCAAAAAGGGUCGGAGCCGUGUGUGGGGUGAAGAUCUUUUGAGAGUGAUUAAAUGCCAGCAGAAUAAUAACCAAAAAGAAUACUGAAUAACCUAUAUCUUCAAAUAAAGAUUGUUUUUCUAUACAUUCAAGUCAUUAUCGUUGUAUUCAAGUAACUGCUACCUCAAACUACAGACGCAAAUACCAGACGAGAAUAUGCUAACACGUAUAUAAAAAAUACGCGAAUUACUUUGCAUCAUUAAUGUGAUUUUAUUUAUUAAUAAAUAAUUA